AUGAGGCAGAUGCCCCUGCUGCCGCUGGCGCUGCUUCUCGCCCUGCCCAGGAUCCUGGGGGGGAAAGGGUGUCCGUCUCCGCCCUGCGAGUGUCACCAGGAAGAUGACUUCAGAGUCACCUGCAAAGAUCUUCACCGCAUCCCCAGCCUACCGCCCAGCACGCAGACUCUGAAGUUUAUAGAGACUCAUCUGAAAACCAUUCCCAGUCGUGCAUUUUCAAGUCUGCCCAAUAUUUCCCGGAUCUACUUGUCAAUAGAUGCAACCCUGCAGCGGCUGGAAUCACAUUCCUUCUACAAUUUGAGUAAAAUGACUCACAUAGAGAUUCGGAACACCAGAAGCUUAGCUUACAUAGACCCUGGUGCCCUCAAAGAGCUCCCCCUCCUGAAGUUCCUUGGCAUUUUCAACACUGGACUUGGAGUAUUCCCUGACCUGACUAAAGUUUAUUCCACUGAUGUUUUCUUUAUACUUGAAAUUACAGACAACCCUUACAUGACUUCCAUCCCUGCAAAUGCUUUUCAGGGGCUGUGCAAUGAAACCUUGACACUGAAACUAUACAACAAUGGCUUUACUUCAAUCCAAGGACAUGCUUUCAAUGGCACAAAGCUGGAUGCUGUUUACCUGAACAAGAAUAAAUAUUUGACAGCUAUUGACAAAGAUGCAUUUGGAGGAGUGUACAGUGGACCAACCUUGCUGGACGUCUCUUACACCAGUGUCACUGCCCUGCCAUCCAGAGGCCUGGAGCACCUGAAGGAAUUGAUAGCAAGAAACACUUGGACUCUAAAGAAACUUCCACUUUCCUUGAGUUUCCUUCACCUCACACGGGCUGACCUUUCUUAUCCGAGCCACUGCUGUGCUUUUAAGAAUCAGAAGAAAAUCAGAGGAAUCCUUGAGUCCUUCAUGUGUAAUGACAGCAGUAUUCGGAGCCUGCGUCAGAGAAAAUCUGUGAAUGCUUUGAAUGGCCCCUUUGACCAGGAAUAUGAAGAGUAUCUAGGUGACAGCCACGCUGGAUACAAGGACAACUCUAAGAUCCAAGAUACCCACAGCAACUCUCAUUAUUAUGUAUUCUUUGAAGAACAAGAAGAUGAGAUCCUUGGUUUUGGCCAGGAGCUUAAAAACCCACAAGAAGAGACCCUACAGGCCUUCGAUAGCCAUUAUGACUACACUGUGUGUGGGGGCAAUGAAGACAUGGUGUGUACUCCCAAGGCAGAUGAGUUCAACCCCUGUGAAGAUAUAAUGGGCUACAAGUUCCUGCGAAUUGUGGUGUGGUUUGUUAGUCUGCUGGCUCUUCUGGGCAAUGUCUUUGUCCUGAUCAUCCUCCUGACCAGCCACUACAAACUGACUGUCCCACGCUUUCUCAUGUGCAACUUGGCCUUUGCAGAUUUCUGCAUGGGCAUGUAUCUGCUCCUUAUCGCCUCUGUAGACCUCUACACUCAUUCUGAAUACUACAACCAUGCCAUUGACUGGCAGACAGGCCCUGGAUGCAAUGCAGCUGGUUUCUUCACUGUCUUUGCCAGUGAAUUGUCAGUGUAUACACUGACAGUCAUCACCCUGGAGCGCUGGUAUGCCAUCACCUUCGCCAUGCGCCUUGACCGGAAGAUCCGCCUCAGGCAUGCAUAUGCUGUCAUGGUUGGGGGUUGGGUUUGCUGCUUCCUGCUCGCCCUGCUUCCUUUGGUAGGAAUAAGCAGCUAUGCCAAGGUCAGCAUCUGCCUGCCCAUGGACACUGAGACACCUCUUGCCCUGGCAUAUAUUAUCCUUGUUCUGUUGCUCAACAUAGUCGCCUUUAUCAUUGUCUGCUCCUGUUACGUUAAGAUCUACAUCACGGUCCGAAACCCGCAGUACAUCCCAGGGGACAAAGACACCAAAAUUGCAAAAAGAAUGGCUGUGUUGAUCUUCACUGACUUCAUGUGCAUGGCUCCAAUCUCAUUCUAUGCUCUGUCAGCGCUUAUGAACAAGCCUCUCAUCACUGUUACCAACUCCAAAAUCUUGCUGGUUCUCUUCUAUCCACUUAACUCCUGUGCCAAUCCAUUUCUGUAUGCUAUUUUCACAAAAGCCUUCCAGAGGGAUGUAUUCAUUCUCCUCAGCAAGUUUGGCAUCUGUAAACGCCAGGCUCAGGCAUACCAAGGCCAGAGAGUUUCUCCAAAGAAUAGCACUGGUAUUCAGGUCCAGAAGGUUCCCCGGGACAUGAGGCAAAGUCUCCCCAACAUGCAGGAUGACUAUGAACUGCUUGAAAACUCCCAUCUCACGCCAAAUAAGCAGAGCCAAAUCUCAAAAGAGUAUGACCAAACAGUUUUGUAAGUUGAUCCUACACUACUUACUGUGGUAUGGGACUUAUAAAAAGCUGGUUUCUUAAACAUGUACUCCAAGCCCAUCACAUACACAAGAUAGCUGACCUAACACUUGUGCAGAUGAUGUUUUGUGGGGAAAAAGUUCAUCUCUGGAGAGGGAGUAGCAUUAACCUAAUCACCUCCCCAAAGGAAGAGAGGCUACCAGCACAUCUGAAUCCCAGGAGAUAUCAAAAUAACCGACGUUCUCUAGAAGACUUCCUAGACACUAACUGCAGUGCCAACAUUGUAGAAGAUGCUCAACAAAUAUCAACUAAACUAGGUCAACACUGAGCUUCUCACCUUUAGGUAGCAUUGCAUACUAAAGAUUCAGCAAGUGGCAAAUGCUGUUAACUUAGCUGGAAACCACAAUAUAAAAUUAACCUUGUGUUGGCUUGGUCCGUUUUCAUGUUCCCUGAUACAACCAGAGAGACUGUGAAUUCCUCAAAACUGAAAAAGUCAAACAGGAUAGAUGCACAGAACAGCUAUUGUGAGGUGAAGGAGGGGAAAGGCUUGGAUUUGUUUUUUUCAGACUCUGAAACUACUAAUCAUCUCUUCACAAGGAUCUACCUGAUGUGACCCAACUAUUAUGUGUUGCCCAGAAAAAAACUGGCAAUUUCAGUUUUUAUGUGGCUGAGCAAACUAAGAAUUGUUCUUCUUGGCUAGUCUCAUCGCAUGAAAGACGUGAACUCUAGAAAUAUUUCCAAGCAGUAGCAAGUGGGAAUUAUGAGCAGAGCACACUAAAUCACCCAUUGAUUAAUAAAGCAGGCUAGAUGCAAGGUAA